AUGGAAUGCCACAAUUGCAAUCUGAAACAAAGACAGUUUUACUGUGAUAACUGCAUCAGAACACAUCUACGCGACUUUCGCUUACAGAUACAGCAUGUCUCUGUAGAUCGAGAUGAAUAUGUCCAGAAAGCGACAGCUGCUCUAGGCACGGUGUCAUGCUCACGGACACGACGUGCAGAGGUGGCAAGUAGACAGGAUCGUAUAGCAGAAAUCCAAACGGCAUUGGCGAAAUUGCGGAAGGAGAACGAGAAGACUCGUCAGCGUCUUCGAUCGAUGCGGGAAAACCUUGCGACACGUCGUCGCACGCUGUCUCAAGCCAAUCUCCUGCCUCCGACCCCCCUUGAUCAGAUAAUCAUCCGGGAAACUCAACAACUCGCUGCGCGCUCUGAAACGCUGGCCAAGGCGCGCGGAGGACUUGUAUCUGAACUAGUGGAAGUGUUCAAUAUCGUCGAAGUCGGCGGUCGACCGCCCAUUGGUGGCAAAGCUGGCAUCAAAGGCGAAUGGACAAUUGGUGACUUGGUGCUCCCGGUUCCGGGCGACAUUCGUCGGUACCCACCAGAUCAUAUCAACGCAGUGAUCACACAUACAAUCCAUUUUCUCGGACUCUUGACUUUCUACUUGGGGAUCAAACUACCCUUUGAGAUCACAUGGACGGGUGGUAAACUAGGUGUAGGGCAGCCCUUCGUACGUUCGAUCAAAGGAACCGAGUCAGGCAGUUGGGCAAAAUGGACAUCGAAACAUUGUCUCCAUGUCUCCUCUUCUGCAUCUAUCUCAUCAUUGUCCACUGAUGCAGCUAGCGCCUCAUCCAAUUCACACAAUGCUAACUCGAUACCCGCCUCCGACUCAUACAUCGAGACCCCUGCUGCACCACAAUCUUCAUUCACAACUGCCUAUGCCAUGCUACUAUUCGACGUCUGCUAUCUUGCACACACUCAAAACGUAGAAAUCUCUCUGUCUCAGGCAGGUGAAGUCCUCAGCAACCUGUGGGCAGUCUGCUGUUCUACAGACCUUGGACGAUAUUCUCACCAAACGCAUCCACACCUUCCACCACCGACUCCACCUACUUUCUCUCUCGAUUUCGCUCAGUUAUUGCAAGCCACGGCUGCUACGCCCUCCUCGCGUGCUCGCCCAUCUCGCUCUCAUGCGUCGGGCGCCAGCACGCGUGCGAUCUCUAUCUCACACCAUAGUCAGCCGUCUCGGGAGAAGAUACCUGAAGAGGAGGAAUGGGAUAUUGUUGAUGAUACUGACGGGAGGCCUUGAGCUACAUACUUUCUAGACUGUGUCCCAGUGCCUGUGUCACAUCAUCGUCGUAUACCAGUAAUUAGCUAUUUUGUUAUACGCUGUGACCAUAUCUACUGUAGCAUUAUUUAGUACCACUGUAUCUAUUACUUCUUCAAGAAAGGUUUCUGACGUU